CUAGGAGACCGUAAACCUCAUUCGGUGACGGUACAGCGCUUUGUAGCUAGUUUGACAAAGCUCUAAACACUAAGGCAGUUUAAUUAUUAAUUUGAGAGAACAAUAAGAUAUUCUGGUGCUGUAUAUUUGAUUCGAUAGCCUGCUUAAAUACAAGGUGACUGCAAUCACAACACUGUCAUCAGGCAUCAACGAAGUUGAAAACGUUUUCUAACUUAACGGGACGAGAAUAUGAACUCAACUGCGAGGGGCGCGCAGCCGAGCCUCCCUGCCCAAAGAAGUGCUAGUGGCUCCCCAGAGCUGCUGCAAAAGCUUCCUGAACUACAGAAGCCCCCUGACCCACCAAAGCCUCCAUUCAGAGAUCCCCAGGGUGUGUUGAAGAGAUGUGUAAAACGAAACGAGCCCAGUGUCCUACAUUUAAAAGCUCGCGAAGAGAUGAUUUUUCCAGGUUGGUACACAGAGCCACAGCCAUCUAAAAGUCUGGAGCAACGGCGCCAUGAAGUUAUCGACCUAACUUCUCAGCCAUCCUCUAAAGAUGCCACUGACCAACAGGUUGUGCCAAAGAGACUUGUGAGACCUAAGAAACCGAGUCUCCAACACUUAAAAGCCUCUGAGCAGUCAUCCACACCAAAAGAUCUGAAACAAAGGCACCAUGAAGCUGUCCACCUACCUCCUCUGCCAUCCACUAAAAAUGUCCAACAGCCCUUAAAGGGUGUGAUGUCAACCCCCCCUCUCCCAAGGCUUCCCAUUAAGAGUUAUAUACAGCGGGACUAUACUUCCAAAUCUCAACUUAAUGAGUACCACAGUACUGACUUUGUUUUGACUGACAGUCAAACUGUGAUUUCGGAGUCUGAUGGUGAUGAUGCAGGAUUGCUAAUUGUGAAGCGCUGGGAAAAGAACGUAUGCAAGCUGCGAUGCAUCCCCUUCUUUGCACGCUACAGACUAUGGAAACCUUUCUAUGUCUGGCACAGAAAUGUUCGUGCCAACAAGAUGACUUUGGCCAGGGAGUCACUACAAAAAAAUUUGUUUAUUGUCAUCCCGAAUCUAAGUCCUGCACUGAUGGAUAUUAGGAAAAUGUGCUGCCAACUUAUUGAAACGGGCUUCUGUCACGUGAAGAAAAAGUAUGCAUACACACUGCAGGAAUUCCAGGACAGUAAGAUCAAACAACUACAAGAGGCAUACAGCGACCUGAAGGGGUUUCAUGAACUAGUAAAGGAGGAGACAGUUUAUACCUGUGGCCGCUACUUGAUGGAUGCUAAAGCUCGUGUUGAACAAGAAAAGAAGAUCGCAUCAGGGACCAACAUGUCUUUUUUCUUCAACCACGUCAUCCACUUUGUUCGACUUGUUGACUAUUUGGUUAUCACCACCUUGCACAGCUGUGCAGUGAAUGCAGUGGAUGAAAUACUGACUCUCCUGCAAGUGCAGGCAGGUCCAACACCCAGCAAUGCCAUCAUUCAAAGCUGGACCCUUGACUCAGACGCUGCCACUGACUGUACUGAAAAAGAGAUGGAUGAAAAGACUAUUGAGUCAGAAGCUCCUCAAUUCCAUCCUGUAUUCAUGUCUGAGUUGAUCCUGGACACAAACAGCUUGACUUAUAAACCCUCUGAAGAGAACUUCUGGGAGACUGUUGCAGAUUUUAUCAAGCAUUUUGAGAACAUGGUGACGUCAGUUAAGGAUCUUACUAAAGAUCCUAUUUUUAAUUCAGUGAUUGAACCUCAAAGGGGUGAGGUGGUAAAUAAAUAUGAAAAUGCACCCUCUUUGAAAGUUAUCCUAAACAAUGACGUCUACCUGCAAAGUUUAAAGCAAAGCAUCCAGAGGUCAUUCCAGAUUGUAUUUGCUGCUGCAAACGUGUACUCACACAUGUUUGAGCACUUUCUGAGAAUCUACAAGGAGAAUGAAAGUUUGGAUCUGGAUGCACUGCAGGGACAGGAUCAAGAUUUAUCCUUCUUUCAAAAAGCGCUCAAGUUAUACCCCACACAGCAAAAGGAAGCCGCGGGUAUUCAGCAGAGGACACAUCUCGGUUUACUGGUUGUGGACAAAGGACAGCUCAAAGAGAAGCUUGUGUCAUCUUCCCUCCGAAAUCUGGAGGUCAUCAAUCACAUGCUCACCCAACUCGCUAAGAGGAAAGUAGACGCCAUAGUGACGGAAGUUUGUGAGGCUGAAGUUAAACUAGGUUUCAGUCCUUCUACUACAGCUCAGCUGGCUGACUUUCUCACAUUUGUGGAUGAGAUUCAGGAGAGGAUUAUAGAAAUAAAAGAAGAGCAGAAAUCAGUAUCCAAAAUGUACGUUCUGAUCAACAUGUACUCAGUUCCCACACCACCAGAAGAUCUUGUGAAGUUUGCCGCACUGGAACCCUUUAUUGAGUCGUUAAGCUCUGUCAUGCUAAAGGCAGUGCUACAGCGGAAUGGUACUAUGGAAAGGUUUUGCAGCUGCUUGCAGAAGGAUAUAAAGGAAAUCAAACAGGAGGACAUGAAAAUCCAGCUUAAAUUGCAGGAUCCACAAAUUCUAGACAUCAAUGCUGAUUCAUCACAAGUGCAUCUGCUGUUGAGGGAGAUCAAGAUUUCCAUAGAAAAGCUACAGGCCAAAGCAUCCUCCUGCAUAGCCUACCAGAAGAAAUUCAAGAUGGAGGUGACCAAAUUUGAGUCACUGGAGCAGCUGACGGCAAUGUUCAAGCUAAAGCAGUUGCUCUGGACCUCUCUGGAGCAAUGGGACCCUUUACAGAACGGAUGGCAGCAGAGCACGCUUCAACAACUGGACAUGGAGCAGUUUAGCUCACAAGUCAACAAAUACAACAAGUACGUCAACCAGCUUGAGAAGGGUCUGCCACGUAACAAUAUAGUUCCCUGUCUGAAGAACAAGGUGGACGUGAUGAUGCACAGACUGCCUGUGAUCACUGAUCUUCGUAACCCAUGUCUGAAACCGGAACAUUGGAAGACUUUGGAGUCUUUGGUGGGGACUUCCCUCAAUGUGGAUGAACUUACCGUAGCUGGUUUAGAGGAGCUCAGUGUUUUCUCAUAUGGCAAGGAGAUUCAGGAGGUUUCAGGACAAGCUUCAGGUGAGGCAUCAGUGGAGACCAUUAUCACAAAGGUGGAGGAUUUGUGGAAGAACACAGAGUUUACUGUGCUGUCCCAUGGUGACACUAAGGAUGUCUUUAUCUUGGGAGGCACGGAUGAUAUCCAGGUACUCCUGGAUGACAGCAUUAUCAGUGUGGGCGCAGUGGCAUCCUCACGCUAUGUAGCUCCCAUCAACGGGAGGGUCAAGAAAUUGCUGACACAGCUGAUCCUUUUUAACCAAACAUUGGAGGAGUGGCUUACAUGUCAAAGGAACUGGUUAUACCUAGAAAGUAUCUUUUUGGCUCCAGACAUAAAAAGACAGCUGCCUGCUGAGUCAGAAAUGUUUCUUAAAGUUGACAAGUCCUGGGAAGAGAUCAUGGCUAAAGUUAACUGGAUGCCCAAUGCUUUUGAUGCAGCCACACAGACUGGUCUGUUGGAGACUUUGCAGCAGAACAAUGCUCUUUUGGAUGAGAUACAGAAGUGUCUGGAAGCUUACCUGGAGUCCAAGAGAGUCAUCUUCCCAAGGUUUUACUUCUUAUCCAAUGAUGAACUGCUAAAGAUUCUUGCUCAGACACGUAACCCUCAGGCAGUGCAGCCUCACCUCAGGAAGUGUUUUGAUGCCAUCACUCGACUGGAGUUUGCUUUAUUGCCUGAAGAACCUUCUGGUGCUCCAGAAAUGUUGGAUGAUGGAGAGCAGAAGACCAUAUAUAGCACAGACAUCCUGAAUAUGGUGUCCCCUGAGGGAGAAAAGGUGGGUUUGGCUAAAGGUCUGAAAGCACAGGGAAAUGUGGAAGACUGGCUUUGCAAAGUGGAGGAGGCUAUGUUCUCCUCACUGCGACAGCUCAGCAAGGCUGCCAUUGUAGACUACCAGAAGAAGUCUAGAGAGGAAUGGGUGGUGGCUGGACACCCGUCACAGGUGGUGCUGACCAUAUCACAGCUGAUGUGGUGCAGGGACAUGGAUGCGUGCCUGGAGGGAGACCAUGACCAUUUUGCUGCCUUGCAGAAAUUUGAAGGCACCAACUUUGAAAGACUGAAUGCCCUAGCAGCAUUGGUACGAGGACAGCUCCCUGCUUUACAUCGUAAUAUCAUCACAGCCCUCAUCACCAUUGAUGUUCACGCUAGAGACAUAGUCACCGAUCUAGUUCGACAAAAGGUUGACAACAGGUCCAGCUUUGAAUGGCAGAGACAGCUGCGCUACUACUGGGACAUGGACCUUAAUAACUGUGUAGCCACAAUGGCACUGUCCACUUACAUUUAUGGCUAUGAAUAUCUGGGAGCUUGUCCUAGGCUGGUCAUCACACCACUCACGCUGUCAAGGUUUCUAUUUGAGGGCCGGGAGAUCAAGCUGAUGAUGACAUGUGCUGCAUUCAUCACUAUGAACCCAGGCUAUGCUGGAAGAACAGAAUUACCCGACAACCUUAAAGCUCUCUUUAGACCAAUAGCAAUGAUGGUUCCAAACUAUGCUCUUAUUGCAGAGGUGAUUUUGUACUCAGAAGGAUUUGAGUCUAGUAAAACCCUCGCAAGGAAGAUGACCCAGAUGUACAAGCUGUGCUCAGAGCAACUGUCCCAGCAGGACCACUAUGACUUUGGGAUGAGAGCUGUCAAAUCUGUCCUGGUCAUGGCAGGGUCACUGAAGAGAGAGAACCCUCACCUUAGUGAGGAUGUGGUUCUAAUUAGAGCACUGAGAGACUCCAACCUGCCAAAGUUCCUCACUGAUGAUGCCGUGCUGUUUGGUGGUAUCCUGUCAGACCUGUUUCCUGGUGUUUGUAUCCCUGAACAUGACUAUGGUGUGCUACACUCAACCAUUGUGGAGUCUCUGGUUAAGCGAAACCUUCAACCGUUGGAUAGCAUGACUAAGAAGGUGAUCCAGCUUUAUGAGACCAUGUUAGUUCGCCAUGGAGUUAUGUUGGUUGGACCAAGUGGUGGAGGUAAGACCACUGUCUACACCAUCCUGGCAGACACUCUGGAGACCCUUCAUCUCAAAGGACACCAGGCUGUCAACCCCUUCUAUCAGCCUGUCAAGACCUAUGUGCUCAAUCCAAAAUCUGUCUCAAUGGGAGAGCUCUAUGGAGAGAUUAAUACUUUGACAUUGGAGUGGCGUGAUGGACUGAUGGCACUGAGUGUCCGUGACGCAGUCAGUGACACUAGUGAUGACCACAAGUGGGUUAUCUGUGAUGGACCAGUUGAUGCCCUUUGGAUCGAGAACAUGAACACUGUAUUGGAUGACAACAAGAUGCUCUGUUUGGCCAACAGCGAGCGAAUCAAACUUACUCCAUCCAUACACAUGGUGUUUGAGGUUCAGGACUUGGCUGUGGCAUCUCCAGCCACAGUAAGUCGCUGUGGAAUGGUUUAUGUUGAUCCUGAUGAGCUCAAGUGGAUGCCCUACGUGCAGACAUGGAUUACUGGGCUAGGGGACAGGCUUCCAGACCCAGUGGGUGCAUACCUGAUGGAGAUGUUCAAGCAGUACGUGGAGAAAGGUCUACAAUUUGCGUCCAAGCAUUGUGUCCAAGCAAUUCGCCAAGUGGACAUCAGUAAAGUCAGCACUCUGUGCUCCUUGCUGGAGGCUCUUCUGCUGGGUAACGGAGGACCAGACCUCAAGAUGAAUCCCAAGCACCUUGAUGGUGUACUAUGUCAGACCUUCAUAUUUUGUUAUCUAUGGGCCAUAGGUGGCAAUCUGACUAGUUCUUACUGGGAUGCUUUUGAUACCUUCAUCAGAGAGCAAUUUGAAGGCAACAAAAAUGCAAAGCUCCCGACGUGUGGUACCUUGUGGAGUGUCUACAUGAAUUUUAAUCACAGGGAUCUGCAGUUAUGGACAGCUAUAAUCCCUUCAUUUAAAUAUAAUAGGGAACAACCUUUUUUUGAGAUGCUGGUUCCCACUACAGACACUGUUCGCUAUGGAUAUCUGAUGGAGAAACUGCUAUCCGUGCGCCGUUCUGUACUCUUCACUGGUGACACGGGAGUGGGAAAGACUGUGGUGGCCCGGGGCCUUCUUAACAGGAUCCAGGAAAGUGCAGGAUAUCUUCCUGUCUUCAUCAACUUCUCUGCUCAGACCUCCUCUGCCCGUACACAGGAGAUCAUUGAGUCCAAACUGGAGAAAAAGAGAAAGAACAUUUUAGGUCCUCCAGGAAACAAGAAGUUGGUGGUCUUUGUGGAUGACUUGAAUAUGCCUAAGCUGGACAGUUAUGGAUCUCAGCCUCCUAUAGAACUCCUGCGUCAGUUCCAGGACUUUUCUGGGUUUUAUGACAGAAACAAGUUCUUCUGGAAGGAGAUCCAGGAAAUGACCAUUACAGCAGCAUGUGCUCCUCCAGGAGGGGGGCGAAAUCCUGUGUCCCCCAGAUUUAUUCGCCACUUCAGCAUGUUGUGCCUGCCAACACCCUCGGACACCAGCCUCAAACAGAUCUUCAAAGCUAUACUGAACGGUUUCCUCAGUGAGUUUUCCCAGGCAGUGAAGGACUGUGCCGGACAGAUUGUGGAUGCAGCUGUGGAGAUUUAUAGCCGUUUAAGUGUGGAUCUGCUGCCCACCCCAGCCAAGUCCCACUAUGUUUUUAAUCUCCGGGACCUCUCCAAGUGUGUUCAAGGCAUACUGCAGUGUAAGCCAAGUCAAGUAAGAGACAAGACCCAGAUCUUCCGCCUUUUCUGCCAUGAAUGCCAGCGCGUAUUUCAUGACCGACUCAUCAACACCCAAGAUAAGACCUACUUCAACACCAUCAUCUGUGAGAUGUUUCUUAACAGGAUUGCUCGUAUGAUUCGCCAGGAGCGAGGCAAUGCCUUGUUAGUCGGGGUGGGAGGUACAGGCAAGCAGUCACUCACUCGCUUGGCAGCCCACAUGUGUGGGUACCGCUGCUUUGAGAUUGAAUUGAGCAGAGGGUACAACUAUGACAGCUUCCAUGAAGACUUGAGGAGGCUCUACAAGAUGGCUGGUGUGGAGGGCAAAGAUAUGGUGUUCCUCUUUACAGAUACUCAGAUUGUAGUAGAAGAAUUUUUGGAGGAUAUAAACAACAUGCUAAACUCGGGUGAGGUGCCUAACCUUUUUGAAAAAGACGAGCUAGAACAAGUACUUGCUGCUACCCGCCCUAAAGCCAGAGAGGCUGGAAUCAGUGAAGAGAGCAGGGAUGAGGUGUUCCAGUUUUUCAUCUCCCGUGUACAAGAAAAACUACACAUUGUGCUGUGUAUGAGCCCUGUGGGCGAUGCUUUCAGGUCCCGAUGUCGCAUGUUUCCUUCACUGGUUAACUGCUGCACUAUUGACUGGUUUGUGCAGUGGCCCCGGGAGGCGCUGCUCUCUGUCUCUGAGGCCUUUUUCCAGAAUGUGGACUUUGGCAAUGAGAAGCUAAAACAGAACAUCUCUGCGAUGUGUGUCGAGAUACACGUUAGUGUCGCUGAAAUGGCUGAGCGCUUCUACUUAGAGCUGAGACGCCGGUACUACACCACACCUACCUCCUAUCUAGAGCUUAUCAACCUCUACCUCAGCAUGCUUGGCAACAAGAGACAGCAGUUAGUUCUGGCCAGGGAUCGUGUAAAGAAUGGUGUCACUAAGCUGCUGGAGACCAAUGAGCUUGUAGACAAAAUGAAGGUGGACCUUUCUGCUCUGGAGCCAGUCCUCAAACAAAAAUCUACUGAUGUUGAUGCCCUCAUGGAGAAAUUGGCUGUAGAUCAAGAGAAGGCUGAUGAGGUACGUAAAGUAGUAAAAGAAGAUGAGGCACUGGCCCGAGUUAAGGCUGAAGAAACCCAGGCCAUUGCAGAUGACGCACAGAGGGACUUAGAUCAGGCUCUGCCAGCUUUAGAGAGUGCCAACCAGGCCCUCAGAUCUCUUGACAAGGCUGACAUCUCUGAGAUCAAGGUGUUCACUAAACCCCCAGCCCUAGUGAUGACUGUCAUGGAGUCUGUCUGCAUCUUGCUUGAUUGCAAACCAGACUGGCUAAGUGCCAAGCAAUUACUGGGCGAUCCCAACUUUCUCAGGCGUCUGACAGAAUAUGACAAGGACAAUAUCAAACCUAGGAUCCUGCUGAAACUACAAAAAUACAUCAAUGACCCUAAUUUCAUGCCUGAAAAGGUGGAAAAGGUAUCAAGGGCGUGCAGGUCCAUGUGCAUGUGGGUCAGAGCUAUGGAUCUGUACUCGAGAGUCUUCAAAGAGGUUGGCCCCAAGAGAGAAAAACUGGCCAAGGCACAGGAAGAGCUGGAUGUGACCAUGGCAACCCUAAAAGAGAAGCAGAAGAAGCUUCAGGAGGUGGAGAACCAGAUCAAGGUCCUGCAGGAGCAGUUUGAUAGCAGAACUGUCGGCGGUCUGGUGGAGCAUGUAGAGCCUCGCUACAUGCUUCCAAACCGUGGCAUGUUAUCUCGGCGAAAACUAUCCCAGAGAAGUAAAGCAAGUGCUGAUGUGGUGCGUCUUGAGAGUCCGCAUCUUGAGGAACAGAGGAACGAGCUGAUUGUGCGCAUCAACGCUGACCGCAGCCAGCUGAAAGAUAUUGAAGACCGCAUUCUUAAGCUUCUCUUUACCUCUAAGGGGAAUAUACUUGACAACGAGGAGCUAGUUCAGACUCUCCAGGAGUCAAAGGUGACUUCAGAGGCCAUAAAGCACCGUCUGGAAGAGGCAGAAGCAACUGAGCUGAUGAUAAACUCUGCGAGGGAGCGCUACAGGCCUGUGGCCACUCGAGGAUCUGUUUUGUACUUUGUCGUUGCCAGUCUGUCGGAGAUCGAUCCUAUGUACCAGUUCUCACUCAAGUACUUUAAACACGAGUAUCCAGAGCGACCAGAUGUGCCAUGGCUAAGUGAUUUUUACUGGCAGACAUGUUGUGAGCUGGAGGACACACUGCCUUGCUUCAAGGGCAUCUCCAGAGAAAUCACUAGAACCCAUAUCCAUAUUAAGCUAGGGCAUUUUGAAGCAUCUUUAAAUCCAGAAAAAUGGAAAGGCUAUGUGUCAGAGUUGCCUUCUCUCGAGGAGUCCAUAAAGGAGAAACGGGAGAUGAAAGGAUACUGGAAUGAGCGAUUGGGAUCUUUCCAGAAACUAGUUCUUAUCAAGAGCUUCAUGGAAGAGAAGGUGGUUUUUGCAGCAACUGAGUUUGUGAUUGUCAACCUGGGGAAGGAGUUUGUGGAAAACCCUCCUGUUGACCUGGCUAAUCUCUAUAAUGACAUGUCCCCUACCACCCCAUUGAUCUUCAUCCUCAGCACAGGUUCUGACCCAAUGGGUGCCUUCCAGCGCUUUGCAAAUGAGAGAGGGUGUCUCGACAGGGUCGAGGCUAUCUCACUGGGGCAAGGCCAGGGACCUAUAGCGGAGAAGAUGAUCCAUUCAGCGCUAACGAGUGGCAACUGGGUCUUCUUGCAGAACUGCCAUCUGGCGGUGUCUUGGAUGUUAGCCAUGGAGGAGCUCAUUAAGACUUUCACUGAGUCUGACACAUCAGUCCAUGAGAACUUCCGUUUGUUUCUCAGUUCCAUGCCGACCAAAGUAUUUCCUGUUACAGUGCUCCAGAACUCCGUUAAGGUGACUAACGAGCCUCCUAAAGGCCUGCGAGCCAACAUGCGACGAGCCUUCACAGAGAUCACCAGCAGUUUCUUUGAACGCCACAUUUUGGGACGCCAGUGGAGGAAGAUUGUCUUUGGAAUCUGCUUUUUCCAUGCAAUCAUCCAGGAGCGGAAGAAGUUUGGUCCCCUGGGCUGGAACAUCCGCUACGAAUUCAAUGACAGUGAGAGAGAAUGUGCUCUGCUCAACCUCAACUUGUACUGCAAAGAUGGCACCAUCCCUUGGGAUGCUCUGGUCUACAUCACUGGUGAGAUCACGUAUGGAGGGAGAGUGACGGAUGCCUGGGACCAACGGUGCCUAAGGACAAUCCUCAAAGGCUUUUUUUCUCCAGAAACUCUGCAGCCUGGCUACACCUACUCCCCCUCAGGUGUUUACUACGCUCCAGAGUCAGAUGAACUCGAACAAUAUAAGAAGUAUAUUGAGAAUCUUCCAAUCAUUGAUGAUCCUGAGGUCUUUGGUAUGCAUGAGAAUGCCAACUUGGCUUUUCAGCGUCAAGAAACUAUAACUCUGAUCAAUACCAUACUGGAUGUUAGUCCUCGUUCUUCAGCGCAACAUGGAGCUAAGAGUAACGAUGACAUAGUCUGCGAGCUCGCCGAGCUGAUUCUAGCCAAACUGCCCGAGCGACUGGACAUGGAUGAAGCAAUUGACACACUGUUUAUCAAAGACACCAAUGGGCACCUGAACUCCCUCACAACUGUUUUGGCCCAAGAAGCAGACCGAUUCAACAACUUGCUUAAAGUUCUCAGGAUGUCUCUUAUCACUCUGCAAAAGGCAAUAACUUGGAUCACACGUGGUCAGCCCAAAUCACUUUGGAUCUCAGGGUUCUUCUUCCCUCAAGGCUUUCUUACUGGAGUGUUGCAGAAUCAUGCCCGGCGUUACAGUUUGCCUAUUGACGAGCUUAAUUUCCGCUUCAGCGUGGUGCCGGCGUACAGGGAUGAGGAAGCAGUCUGUGAGGCUCUACGCACUCUUCCCAUUGGUGCAAAACUGAACAUGGAUGAGGAGCCACCUCCGGAUGUCUGGCUUUCAACAUUGAUACGACAGCCACCCGCAUCUUUACUACAGAACAAAAAGAUUUCUUCCAAAACAAGGUGCUUCAGUUACUGUCUGACAAGAACAAUGGGACACUUGUCACUGCACCAGAGCAGCUAG